UAAUUUUUGACAGAGGAUGACAGUUCUGUGCGAUUAUUAUGGUAUAACCAAAACAAUGAGCGGUCAAUAAUAAGACAUGUUCAGAUUGUUAAAUAAUUGUGCCAGGACAAACAAAUCGUCGAUCUACUAUGAACCUCUUAAACGAAGACAAUUUACGUCUAGUACGACCGGUACUCACGUCGACGUGAAUUCAAAUUCAAAUCAAGCGUCUGCAAAUUACUGUUUCGAUUUGGUUAGGCAGCAUGACUAUGAAAACUACCUGUGUGCGCUACUGAUGACUGAAAAGCCUCGACGAAGUACGUUUGGAAUUCGUGCGCUCAAUGUUGAAGUCUCGAAAAUUGCGAGUGUUGUUUCUGAUGAUAAAAUUGGAACAAUGCGACUGAAGUUCUGGUACGAUGCCAUAGAGAGUAUUUUUAGCCCGAAAGCCUCGAAAAUACCUGAUCAUCCUGUGAUUAAAGAAAUUCAUUUGGCCAUUACAUCUCACAAUCUGAACAAAAUGUACCUAAUGCGGUUAAUAAAAUGUCGAGAACGUCCACCGAAUCGACUGUUCGUGACAACCAAGGAACUGGAACAGUAUGCUGAAGAGUCUGUUUCAUCUAUGUACUAUUUGCUGGCUAAAAUACUGAAAAGCGAAAGUCUCGAUGUCGAUCACGCGCUGUCGCAUUUGGGCAAAGCUCAAGGUAUCACCAACAUGUUGAGAGCCCAAUCGAGGGUCGACCGAUCGAAAGGAGUUUGUAUACCGCAAGAAAUAAUGCUUAAGCACGGAGUCAGUCAAGAAAGAAUUUUACGAAAUAAAAUCGACGAUAAGGGCGUUCAGGACUGUGUCUUUGACGUAGCCAGUGCAGCCAAUUCACAUUUGGAGAAGGCCAGAAAAUUAUCAUCGAAAGUUCCAUCGAAUAUCAAACAAUUGCUACUACCAGCUGUGGCUAUCGAUCGAUAUCUGGAGCGAUUGAGAAAAUGUGAUUUUCAUCUGACUCAUCAACAAUUAGCUAGAAGGGACUCGUUACUUCCAGUCAUGUACUAUUGGAAUUAUCUUCGGAAAAACUAUUAACAAAUUGAUGCGAUGUGUAGAGAGUCGUGACCCCACGAGAAAUAGAAACAUUUUCAAAUUUA